GUUAUCCCAACAGUAACGACGCACUAUCUUCACAUAUUUUUUUGCCGCUUCUCGAACCCGAUCGUAGUUUCUGUAGUUUUUCUUUUUCUGUAGUGUUUCAAUGGCCGGUAGAGGGAAGACCCUGGGAUCUGGAGCCUCCAAGAAGGCCACCUCGAGGAGUAGCAAGGCCGGCCUACAAUUCCCUGUCGGUCGUAUCGCGAGGUUUUUGAAGGCCGGGAAGUACGCCGAGCGUGUUGGUGCCGGAGCGCCUGUCUACCUCGCCGCCGUCCUCGAAUACCUUGCUGCCGAGGUCCUUGAGUUGGCUGGAAAUGCAGCCAGAGACAAUAAGAAAACACGUAUAGUGCCUCGCCACAUCCAAUUGGCUGUGAGGAAUGACGAGGAACUGAGCAAGCUGCUUGGAGAUGUGACCAUUGCCAAUGGUGGUGUGAUGCCCAACAUCCACAACCUUCUCCUUCCCAGGAAGGCUGGUGCUUCAGGCAAGGCAUCUGGUGGUGGUGAUGAUGAAUGAGAGUUAGAAGACUGAAGGAGAGGCUUAUUGGGAUCCUCUUAUCAUAGUGUAGUUUCUUUUCUAUAGUUCUAGAUUUCAAUUUGUACUUUUCAGAUUCUGUUGGUGCAAGUGUAGUUGUAGAUUUUGGAGCUCUUGCUAGAAGUGAUAUGAAUACGAAACAUCCAACUUUGAUUCUCAAUGGAAAAGCUUUGUCAUUUAUUGAA